AUGGCCUAUUACCAUACCGACUAUAUGAAGAAUGAUGAGGUGGAGUUUGUUCGAACUGGCUAUGGAAAGGAUAUGAUAAAAAUUCUCCACAUUCAGCGAGAUGGAAAAUACCACACCAUUAAAGAGGUGGCAGCUUCGGUGCAACUUACUCUGAGUUCCAAAAAAGACUACCUACAUGGAGACAAUUCAGACAUCAUCCCCACAGACACCAUCAAGAACACAGUCCAUGUCUUGGCAAAAUUCAAAGGAAUCAGUAGCAUAGAAACUUUUGCUGUGAACAUCUGUGAGCAUUUCCUUUCUUCUUUUAACCAUGUCACCCGGGUUCAAGUUUAUGUGGAAGAAGUUCCUUGGAAGCGUUUUGAAAAGAACGGUGUUAAGCAUGUCCAUGCAUUUAUUCACACUCCCACUGGAACACACUUCUGUGAGGUUGAACGGGUGAGGAAUGGACUUCCAGUUAUUCAUUCUGGAAUCAAAGACCUCAAAGUCUUGAAAACGACUCAGUCUGGAUUUGAAGGAUUCAUUAAAGACCAGUUCACCACCCUCCCUGAUGUGAAGGACCGGUGCUUUGCCACCCAAGUGUAUUGCAAGUGGCACUACCACCAAUUCAGAGACGUGGACUUUGAAGCUACCUGGAACACUGUUCGGGACAUUGUCCUGGAGAAAUUUGCUGGGCCCUAUGACACGGGAGAAUACUCACCCUCUGUGCAGAAGACCCUCUAUGACAUCCAGGUGCUCUCUCUGAGCCGGGUUCCUGAGAUAGAAGACAUGGAAAUCAGACUGCCAAACAUUCACUAUUUUAACAUUGACAUGUCCAAAAUGGGGCUGAUCAACAAGGAAGAGGUCUUGCUACCUUUAGACAAUCCAUAUGGCAAAAUUACUGGGACAGUCAAGAGGAAGUUGUCUUCACGGCUGUAA